UUUCAAAUGUUAAUAAAAAUUUUAAAUGUUAAGAUAGAAAUGUGUAUCUAUUUUGUAAACGACAAUCAAAUAUGAUUUUUUAUUUUGUAUUAACUAUGACAAUAAUCAACAUGGUUAAAAGUCAAUGGGAACCGGGUAACUAUGUUGAGUCCAGGAGUAUUGUCAAAGAUAAAAAUAUUCCAGUAAUAAGACAUGGUCCAUUUGAAAGGGACCGGGGCAUUAUUAGCGACCGGAGCUACGAUAUUGGCUUUGUUUUGGGCUAUGAAUACGGUGGACGACUCGGCAAUGGUAUCAAAACUGGUAUAAAAGACUCGGUUGGCGGCAGCGGUGGCGGCGGUCGUGAGGGCAACAAAAAAGGCAAAAAAUCCAAAAAGGAUACAAAAACAUCUACAGAGGUUACUGAGGUCACUAAGGUUACCGAAGAUGAGUAGAUUAAGAUUAUAUUAUUUAUAAUCUAAUAACUCAUAAUAAAAAUGUUUUUUUUCUGUUUUAAUCUUAAAUAAAAUAUUUUAUAUUAUUAUUCAAAAUAUUUGUAAGUAAUAGUAUAGAAUUUACAAUAUUAUUAUUAUUAUUAUUAUUA